AACUUUUCACCUCUCACUGUCAUCACCACGUCUACCGCUAUCUACCGCUAUGCAGCCACGGCUUUGCAGAGCCGCCAUCCUCUAUUCCAUACUAUCUCUUGUGUCUCCAGCGCAUGGAAUAUGGCCGUUUCCACCAAAGAGAUUCACCGGGAAUUCGUUAGUUGAUGCAGGUUCAUUGGGACUGAGUGGUGAACGAGUUAUUGCAUUUGGAGAUUUCAAUGGAGAUCAGUACCUAGACGUUCUCAUGUUAGAAGAUGACCGAAGGACAUUAUCAGUAUUUCUCUGGAAUCAUGAGAAAUUCGAGUUCGACAAGUCGGGCUCAUUCAAACAUCCAAACGAGGUCUAUAACGUUGUCCCAGCCGACUUCACACAUUCUGGGCAGUUGGAUUUGUUGGUGAUGAGCCCCAGUCAGAGUAAUAGUCCUCUCGAUCUAACGCUAUAUCCUGCUUUACCGAGUGGUGGCUUUGGUAACUUACUUUCUUUACCAUCCUCCUCUCUAUCUCAGCCUAUACCUAUCGACCUCAACGGCGACAUGAAGAUCGAUUUGUUGGGCAUGACUCCUGACUCUCAAUCCUCGGAUAAAGAAUUUCAAGUCUGGGAAAACAUUUGGAACUCGUCCGAAACUCGAUCUCCUUUAUUCAAAAUAACCGACGCACCUUUCCACGGGAAACAGUGUAAAAUAUCACAUCCUCAUAGUAACGCCGUGAUAGACUUGAACGGUGACUGUCUAGCAGACGUAUUCCUGGUAUGUGACGACGGUCGAGGCGGCAAAUUCUUUCAAAUAUGGGUCAACAAUAAAGAGGAUGGAUUUUCGCUGGCACAAGAACACCCGUUACCCACAGGUACCUUACAAGUAUCUCUCGCAGACAUGGAUCGUGAUGGUACAAUCGACUUGGUGUUCCCAACAUGUCGUAAUGUGAACCCGUCAACUGGAAUUGGAACCGACUGCUACAUCAACAUUGCCUAUAACCAGCAGCUCCCAUUGUGCUCGGCAGAAGCUCUUCUUCGAAAAGGCACGAGUAGAUGUCGCACUCCUGAGGAUCUAUGUAUUCCAGAUCCAGAUUUCAAGUUUGACUUGACCGAGGGAGGCGACACGUUCGUCAGGAUCCCCCUUUCUUCAAUCUUGACUAGUUCCCCGCCACCUGGACUUUUAGUUGAAGACACCACAACCUCUCCUUCGAUACCGCUUGCUCUCAACCUCGGGGAUGCAGAUUUGGACGGUUUCCCUGAUAUCCUGUUGAUUGCCGUAAAUCAGCAAGGACAAGUCCCUAAGCUAAUAUAUUCCGUACCUUGUGGUGACAAGGUUCUGGGUUGUUCUUCGGGUGGUAGUGGAAGGAGGGGAUGGAAAACUGCCAUCAAGGGCGUGCAAUCGUUGGAGACCAUAAAGGAUGCAAGAUCUGCGGUUUUCAUGGAUAUGGAUGAAGACGGAACGCGGGAUAUUAUGGUACAGCGAACAGGGAAAAGCAUGCAAGGGAACAUUAUGUUCGUUCAGAAUAACUUCUACUAUGAUGCCUUUUUCCUCAAGGCGAUUGUCUUAAACGGAGCUUGCGGCAACGGAAUGUGUUAUUCGGAAGAUGGCCAGUCUUACCACCCAUUCGGUGUCAGCUAUUCCGGCGCAUCGUAUAAAUACACCGUUCUCGACACAUCUGGUCGGCGCUCUGCCGCUCAAAUUGGACAACUCCCCCAAACGGGAUACCAAUCCUUACAAUCACCCUAUGCCUUCUUCGGUCUCGGUCGAACGAACAAUUACAUCGAGAAUCUUUUUGUCGGGUCUACGAUACACUCGGAUCAACAUUACAUCAACAUCGAGGGUGUCAUACCCAACUCUAAGCUAGUUAUUCGGCCCUCAGCGGAUAAAGGGACAGCUUGGAAACGUGAAUUGUUUUUGAGACCUGGAGAUUGGAUACCAUGGGUCACUGUUACGAUGAUUAUCGGUACGAUUGUUUUGGCAGUGAUCGUGUUUGUUUUACAUCUAAACGAGAAGAGGGAAGACGAACUCGAGAGGCGGCGGGCAUCGCAUCAUAUCAACUUUGACGCGUUAUGAAUUUCAUGGAUUGAGGUGCAACGGGUCUUGAACAAUUUGUAUUUUACAUACCUAAGUCAUUCUGAAUCACACUUAAUCUAUCUGUGCGAUACAUACUUCAAUGAAA